AUGGAGAGCAAGCGGUGCCGCUGGGGCCUGGGGUUCUGGGCUUGGCUUUGGGGGGCAGCAGUCGCCACCGCCACCCUUCAAGAGGAGAGCACCCACGUCUUCUCGCAGGUCUUCUUCUGCCAGGGAGAGGCUCCGUUCUUCGGCUUGGCCCAAACCCUGGACGAGGAGCAGCUUUUCUGGUUCGACUUCCCCAAUUCCAGCUGGUACGCCCGCCUGCCCGACUUCCACCAGGUGCCAAGCCGGGUGCCCUUGGCCAACAUCAGCGCCCAGCGGGAAUUCUGCAGGAAGCUGCUGGGGAGCCUCUCCGAAAUCUCUGAUCUUCCGCAAGUACAAAUGCCUGAAUCCAAAGGUAUCCCGCAGGUCGAAGUCUUCACUC